AUGUUUCAGAAAUUCGCCUUAGCUUUCAAAACCAAAACCUUCGAAUUCUUCGCCGACGAAAACCUCGACGAUUCCGACGGUUUCUCACUCCUCGACUCCGCCGAAGAAAUCAUCACCGACCAAAAAGUCGUCGUCAUCAAACCCGAUCCAAAUCCACUUUCUUCUCCUCCGAAGUCACCAUCACCUUCGCCGUCGCCAUCACCAUCACCUUCGCCGUCACCGGAACCACCGGCACCUUCGAUUACACCGAUACAAAUAGUGUUAAAUGAAACGACGUCGCACGAUCUAAUCUCUUCGAUCUUCGCCGCGGUUUCGGCUUUUGAAGCAAAUUACUUCCAAUUACAAAGCGCGCAUGUUCCUUUCGUUGAAGAGAAUGUGAAAUCCGCUGAUAAAGUGCUUGUUUCGCAUCUUCAGCGACUCUCUGAAUGCAAGAAAUUUUACUGUAACCCUGACUUGUACACCAAUUUUUCGUUUGGUUCUUCGUUGGAGGCUGAAGUGGAAGAGAAUCAGAGUAAGUUGAGAACCCUUGGUACUGUUUCGAAUCGGUUGCAGUUGGAGCUUGAGAAGAAGCAUGAUGAGGUUUUUUCGCUGAGGAGAAAGCUUGGUGAGGUUCAAAAGGGUAAUGUGACUUUGUCUAAGAAGCUUUGUAGUAGUAAUGUGAAUAGUGGUUUGAGUUUGGGUUUGAAUUUGAAGCCUAGUUGUGAUGUUUUGUUGAGUGUUAGGGUUUUUGAUUCGUUGUUGCAUGAUGCUUCUAGAGCGGCGCAUAAGUUUACGAAGAUUUUGAUUGGUUUGAUGAGGAAAGCGGGGUGGGAUUUAGGUUUGGCUGCGAAAGCGGUUCAUCCUGGUGUUGUGUAUUCGAAAAAGGGGCAUAAUCAGUAUGCGCUUUUGUCGUAUGUUUGUUUAGGGAUGUUUCAAGGUUUUGAUUCGGUUUGUUUUGGAUUGAGUUCGGAGAGAAAAGAGGAAGAAGAAUCGACGUCGAGUGGAGAGUUGUGUCAUUUAGAUUUGAAAGGGAGAGAUAGUUCUUUGAAGCAAUUGUUGGAGCAUGUUUCUAGCAAUCCGAUGGAAUUGCUUGGUAUUCAUCCGGGUUGCGAGUUUUCAAGGUUUUGUGAAAUGAAGUAUGAGAGGCUAGUUCAUCCUUCGAUGGAGUCGUCGAUUUUUGUUGAUUUGGAUCAAAAUGAAGCGGUGUUGAAUUCGUGGCGGUCGUUGAGUAUGUUCUAUGAGGCAUUUGUUGGGAUGGCGAGCUCCGUAUGGACAUUGCAUAAGCUGUCGCAUGCCUUUGAUCCUGUCGUUGAGAUCUUUCAAGUGGAAAGUGGUGUGGAAUUCUCCAUGGUUUACAUGGAUGAUGUUACAAAGAGGUUAACGUGGCCGAAUAAAGGAAGGGCAAAAGUGGGGUUCACUGUUUUUCCUGGUUUUAGAAUUGGGAAGGUAGUUAUUCAAUCGCAGGUUUACGUAAACAGUUUCAGUUUGACCGAGUAG